UGGCCCUAGGUAGUCGUCACGUGACACUUCUGUGACGUCAUUAACGCUCGAUUUGUUCGAAGAUAUUUUGACGAACUGCCAAGUUGGUAAGAGUUGAUUUGAUUGGGAGAUCUUCAUUCAUCUUAGGAAAAGGUGGACUCUUGGAGAAAAUAUUGAAUACUCGAGUACCUGACUUGAACAAUUACAAUCCGUGGUAAAUGCGGUUGGACUCCAUCAUGCGCCGCCCCACUUUGCUUGCCAUAAGUGUCCAGUGGAGAGAAAAGAAAUGAUUUCCUUCCACCGGGGUUUUUAGCAAAAGCAUGACCCUGGAGACGUCCCCGUUCCCCAACCGCUGCGCCGCAUUCACCCACGCGGCGGGAUGGGCGUUGAUUCUGCCGUGUUUCUGGUUUCUCGACCGUCUCAUCGCCGUGUGCAUGUUGACCACCCUGGAACGGAGGCAAGAGGACGCGUGCCACCUCCACCCCCUCAAGGCCUUCUUUGGCUCCAUCGCCUUCUUCGUUCUGUUUGUCGUGACCGCGCCCGUGGCCCUGCUGGGGUUCCUGCUGUGGGCGCCGCUGCAGGCGUGCCGCAGGCCCUUCUGCUACCACCGAGAGACGGCUUCCCUCCAGAGCGAGACGCACGGGGGCUUGGAGGCGGAAGGGAAAGGUUCCUUCGUCUUCGCGUCGGCCAACCUCUGUCUUUUGCCCGACAGUCUUGCCCGCUUCAACAACCUGGGACACACCCAGCGACGGGCUUCCGCAAUCGGCGAGUGCAUCGCUCAGGGCGUGGGCCGCCCCGACAUCCGCAUCUUUAUCGACUCCCCCAGCAGCUGCAGUUCUCUCAGCCCCUCCAACAGUAUGCUCCCCGCUGCCGGCGCCUCAACUUACGGCGCGACAGACAGACAAUCAUCCCUCCCGAAUUCCAACAGCGAUUUGGUUUACACACCCGGCGAGGAUACUUCUGUCCAGCACAACUCUAACCAGAACUCCAACCGGCACGGGCGAACGGGGCAUCGCAGCGCCCCCCGCGUUUUGCUCUCUCAGGGUGUCGGCCAAUUGGGCGACGUGCCGUGGGAGGUGUCCACCAUGUUUCCCGCCAACGUGGACAUCCUCUGCUUAGAGGAGGUGUUCGACAAGAGGGCUGCGCGGAAGCUCACCCGGGCGUUAAGUCCGUUGUUCGCACACAUACUCUACGACAUUGGGGGGUACGCCUGCCAGCCCCCCUGCAGCUGCUCCUCAUUUAAGUUCUUCAACAGCGGCCUUUUCCUGGCCAGCCGAUUCCCCAUCGUGGCGGCCCAGUACCACUGCUUUCCCAACAGCAGAGGUGAAGACGCGCUGGCUGCCAAAGGCCUCCUCUCUGCCAAGGUGCUGAUCGGAAAAAAUCAGAAGCAGAGGAAACUGACUGGUUAUUUCAACUGCAUACACCUUCAUGCACCAGAAGGUGAAGGCGAGAUCCGCUGUGAGCAGCUGAACAUGGUCACCAAGUGGAUCGGGGAUUUCCAAACAGCCAACCGACAGCCCGACGAGGAUGCGGUUUUUGAUGUGCUCUGCGGAGACUUCAACUUUGACAACUGCUCACCAGAUGACACCUUGGAACAGAAUCACGGUCUUUUUGAGGAAUACCGAGACCCCUGCCGAGCAGGGCCAGGGAAAGAGAAACCCUGGGUCAUUGGAACGCUGCUAGAGCAGCCAACGUUGUACGACGACGACGUAAACACUCCAGAAAAUCUGCAGCGAACGUUGGAGAACGAUAUGCUGAGAAAGCGGUACAUCUGCCCUCCCGUUCCCGCCACAGGCUCGCCGUUGGUUUACCCCGAAACUGACCAGCCGUGGAUUGGACGACGGAUUGAUUAUAUCCUAUUCCGGGAAAAGUCCAUUUCCAAGCACUGCCAGACCGAAGUGGAGGAGGUAUCUUUUAUAACGCAGCUGGCCGGCCUGACGGACCACAUUCCUGUGGGACUGAGACUGAAUGUCAGAAUGGACUCUUGACUUUGUUGAAAAGUCACAGCUAUUAUCAACAUACUUCCAUAUUUCAGGGAAAGGGAACAAAAUGUACUAAAAGUACAUUACUGUAGAGCCAUAAUAAUAAUAUGUUUACAAGCUGUAUUUCGAUUUGAGAUUUAAUGCUGAUGAGCUAAAAGUCUCUAAAAUAUCUCAGGUGGUGUUUGUAUGGGUUACUCUGGGUACGCAUUUUUCACUGUUGCACAUAUAGGCUUCUGGAUUUUUGUAUACAUACCUUAAUUUAAUUACAAACAUUCUCUAUGGAAAUAAAUAUUUACAGUUGAACAAUG